GCUAGGGCCAAACAAACUGACUUCAUGUUCUUCAAAUCCGUGGUCACUGACGCCGAAACACCAGAAUAUCAUGGCUACAACACCAGAAUCUCACGGGAGCAAGGGCACUCGGUAGGUCCGGCUACCAAAGCUAUAUACCUACCUCUACUUGACAUGACUCCUGCAGAACCAGACACGAUGUACACUGCCAUGGUAGAAGCUCAGCGGCUCACUAACCAUACAGGUCAAGUCUACACGAUCUUCACUAACGACCAGCAGCUCUAUCGUGUAGUUGUGCAUGUGACAUGGGUCUAUCAACACCAAUUCCAGAACUUCAUUCCGAGGUUAGGCGGCAUGCACACACUUAUGAAUUUCGUGGGAGCAGUUGGCGUCUUGAUGGCAGACACAGGCUUGGAGACUAUUCUACAAGUAGAUUUCGGUGGUGUGGCUAGCAUGCUAUCAGGGAAGAAAUAUCCACAGAACAUCAGAGCCCUCCGUCUUCUGACUGAAGAACUUCUACGCGGAACAAUAGUGCAUAUGAACUCACAUGACAGCCUGAUGAAGGUACUUGACAACAAGUCACAAGAGAGCCGAACAACAAAACUUUGGGUAGAAAAUCUCAUCAAACCAGUGAUGCUGAUGAUGAUGUUUGUCAGGGCGGAAAGGGAAGCAGACUGGCCACUCCACCUGUUCUGUGUGAAGGAGAUGCUGCCUUACUUCUUUGGAGAUGGACAUUUCAACUACGCGAGGUACUGCUUGUAUUACCUGCGCUCGAUGGAAAAACUGUCCGGUCCAGUACUCCAGGAUUUCCUCCAAGGCAAGCACGUGACGAGACACCAGCCUGGCUUAUGGAAUGCUAUUUGGACGGACAUGUUCAUCGAGUCGACCUUUAUGCGUUUCGGCCACAGUCCAGGUGGUAUCAUCGGCAUCACCUUGAAACCUUCAACUCUAAAGAGAUGGGCACUCAGUCUCCAUGUUUGCAGCCACAUUGUACAAGAUGUCUCAGAGAUGGGAAAUGAGAAUCAUCAGGUACCAGUUACAGUGCACAAGGAAGAGAUGCCAGCCCGAAAGAAAACAGAUGCUGCUGACAGAGAGAAGCUUCGUGAGACAUUGAUCACGUGCAUUGAUCCUCUGAAUCCAGAUGUUUCUUUCAUCCCUACGACUUGUUAA